AUGUCAUUCUAUACUGCCAUCAAUAUAUUUGGAAUUUCUCAAUUUGUUCGUUUCUACACAAAUUGGGCGUGGCGAUUGCACGGUUACAAUAAAAUAAUUUUUUUCUUUGAAAGAAUUUAUGAUACAUUCUUCAACUUAUACUGGCGACAGUCUGCGUCAGUACCUGAGUCUUAUGAUUGGGAGAACCAGACAGUUGUUGCAAGGAACAGAGAAAACUCUCAUACGCCCCUGUAUGCCUUUUCUGGUCCAUCUGAAGCUCAAACUUUCUGGAAAUCGGGAGGAAGCUAUUCUGCGAGGAGAAAAUUAUCAAAUUCAAUAUCAAUGAAUGGGUUAUGGAGCUUUAUACUUGUAAAUUCUCCUCAGGAAAUACCAUAUAAGUUUUAUGAAGGGAAUGACAUUCCAGAAGGCUGGGAUAACAUUAACAUUCCGUCGAAUUGGGAAUGUCAAGGUUAUGAUGUUCCAAUUUAUACCAAUUUUACAUAUCCUUUUCCGUUGGAUCCACCAUUCAUCCAUCGUGAAGGAGUAUGGAGCACACCGAAUAAUUCAUUUGGAUCGGAGAAAAGUUCAACUAGUUUGUUAAAAGAGUGGAAUUGGGAUACAUCUAAAGUGGAUGAGAGUACAAGACAAAAUCCAACUGGUUGUUUCCAAAGCACUUUUGAGAUACCCGAAAAUUGGACUGCUAACGGAAGUAGAACAUUUAUUGUUUUCGAGGGGGUCGACUCGGCAUUUUAUAUUUGGGUUAACGGGAACUUUACAGGGUAUUCACAAGAUAGUCGCUUGCCUGCAGAAUUUGAUGUAACAGAUAGUCUGAAAUCAGGCAAAAACAUCUUUGCAGUACAAGUUAUGAGAUGGUGUGAUGGUAGUUAUCUUGAAGAUCAAGAUCAAUGGUGGUUAAGUGGGAUAUAUCGUGAUGUUUUUUUAUAUAACAAACCGGCUUUACACAUAGCUGACUUUGUUUAUACAACGACUGUUCCUCAUAAAAUUCCAAAGAAUAAAGCUGAAAUUGAAAUUCUUGUACAAUUAAACGACUGUCGCAGGCCAGAUUCUAUAAUGGAAAGAGGUAGUGUAAUUGAUUGCAAUGCAACAAUUUAUGAUGAUAAGAAUGCUCUGGUUUGCUCCGCUGAGCUAGAAGUCAGUGAACUCAAGGAAGCCGUUGAUUAUGGAUGUAAUCUUCGAGAUUCGAUAUCGAUUAGGAAGAAACACAUACUACGUUGUAGAAUAGUGCUCGACAACCCCUCUUUAUGGUCUGCAGAAAUCCCGUACUUGUAUGUACUCAUGAUAUCAUUAAGUUUUGCGGGCGAAAUAAUCGAUUGCGAAGCAUGCAGGCUGGGUAUUCGCACGAUUGAAGUAGGUCAUAAACUAUUUCGUUUGAAUCGUGUCCCAAUUAUAUUUCAAGGUGUGAAUAGACACGAACACUGUCCUGCAAGAGGAAAAGCAAUCAGUGAAGCGAUGAUGCUGAAAGAUGUAAAAUUGAUGAAGCAAUAUAAUUUCAAUGCAGUACGGGCUGCUCAUUAUCCUAAUCACCCCCAUUUCUAUGAUUUAUGUGAUGAGUACGGUCUCUAUGUAGUAGAUGAGUCAAAUAUAGAAACUCAUGGAUUCCAGAUACUUAUGCAUUCGACGCCAUACUUAUCUAAUGACGAGUCUUGGUACGGUGCUUUUCUUUCUAGAACUUCCAGAAUGGUUCAGCGAGAUAGAAAUCAUCCCUCAGUAAUAAUCUGGUCUUUAGGGAAUGAAUCAGGUUGUGGGAGAAGCCAUGAAAAAAUUUCACAGUGGGCUCGCAGUUAUGACUCAACACGUCCUUUGAUGUAUGAGGGUGGAGGCGCACGAACUUCAUGUACUGAUAUCAUUUGUCCUAUGUAUGCACGAGUAGAGUCGUGUCUACAUAUGAGCGCUUUGGAAUGCAAAAACAGACCUGUAGUUUUGUGUGAAUAUUCUCAUGCAAUGGGAAAUAGUAAUGGUGGUCUUCAGGAAUAUUGGAAGUGUUUCAGACAAACCAAUUCAGUACAGGGUGGAUUCAUUUGGGAUCUUAUUGAUCAAGGACUAAGUGGUGAACAGCGAAGUGGUAAAUCUUGGAACUAUGGCGGUGAUUAUGGAGAUAGCCCAAAUGAUGCACAGUUCUGUAUAAAUGGAUUGCUAUUCCCAGAUAGAUCACCCCACCCUUCUAUUCAUGAAGUAAAGUACCUGCAACAACCAGUCGAAUUUUCAGUUGACUUUGAGAGUGGAAAUCUGAAAAUCAGAAACAAUUUUUCUUUUAUGAGACUUGAUGUUUUUAAUAUACUAUGGAAAGUAAAAUUUGACAAUGAAAGAAAAGCUAUCUCAGGUAUUUUAAAUUUACCUGCAGUGUCGGCUAAUUCAGAGUGCGUCAUUCCAUGGAGACAAGAACUGCCAAAUCUAGGAAGCAUCGCAGAAAGUCUUCAAUUUAAGGAGUGUUGGAUCGAAUUCUUCGUAGUGUUGAAAGAGUCGUCGUCGUGGGCUCCAAAGGGCCACAUAAUUGCUCAGGAACAAAUUUUAAUGCCCCGUAGCAAUAAGCCGGAAACCAAAAAAAAAGUAGUGCUAUCAGCAGAAAAAUAUAAGUUGCAAAUCGUGCAUGAAAAUUACGAUAUUCUUACUAUAGAAAGUUCUUCGGGUAUGCGUGUCGGAUUUUUUAAAUCUGGAGAGAAGUUUGGAUGCAUUUCCCAGAUUUAUAUGAAUGACAAGAUGCUUGUAUGUUCUGGACCCUCUCCAAACUUUCUACGCGCCCCUAUUGAUAAUGAUUAUGGGGGAGAAGUAUUCUCAUAUGUAAAUCGAUGGAGAAAUGCUGAAAUUGAAAGUUUUGUUUUGGCUAGAAAUACAAAUACUUCGGGUAUGAAUUAUUCGUUUGAUUCAAAUGGAAUUUUCAAUAUUAGCUUUCAGUGUUGGAUAGUGCGUAGGGGUGAUAAAUCAAAUACUAAAAUGAACUUAGUGAUGGAAUACAGUGUAAAACCUUCCGGUAUAAUUUUUUUAGAUGUUUCCAUCCAAAAAGUUGCAAGUCUCCCACCACUCGCUCGAGUCGGUCUUUCCAUGACGUGUUCUGAUGAACUUCAAGGAAUCGAAUGGUUUGGUAGAGGAAAACACGAGUGCUAUUCAGACAGAAAAGCAUCUGCAUUUGUUGAUAGAUAUAGUAGCACGGUCGAGGAACUCCAUGUUCCUUACAUAUUUCCUAGUGAAAAUGGCGGUCGAUCAGAUGUCCGUUGGCUUACACUGCGUCCCAUAUGCGAUAAGACACAUGGGAUAUUUGUAUCCGCACGAAGUCAAUCCCUCUUUCAAAUGUCAAUCUCAAACUACACAAUAGAAGAACUCACAAGGGCUAAACAUCAGGACGAUUUAGUGAAAAGUAAAUAUGUUGAGGUUCACCUUGAUCAUCUCCAUAUGGGUCUUGGCGGUGAUGAUAGUUGGAGUCCUUCUGUGCACAAAGAUGCCCUUAUUGACGAUUCGGGGUGGAAGUUUGGUCUUGUACUUACUCCUAUACAUUCUCAGAUUGACGCGAGUGAUUUGUAUUGCUUAGUUGAUGGGUCAUAA